CUUCUUCAAGCUAUAGAUGGCUGGAGAAACUUCUUCUGGUACUGAUGACGUUAAUCCCUUCAGUAUCAAUUCCAAUCCAAACAUGUCAAGUGUUUAUGAAGUUGAGGGUAAUCCCAAUCAACGUUUGAGUUCAGUUUUAUUAACUGAAUACAAUUAUCUUCCCUGGUCUAGAGCUGUCACUUUGGCACUUGGAGGAAGAUCAAAGCUUGGAUAUGUCAAUGGAGUUAUACCAAUGGCUGACAUCAACUCCACCACUUAUGAUGCUUGGCUUUGCAAAGAUCAACUCGUCAGGUCUUGGUUGCUCAACUCCAUGGAUCCCAAGAUUGCUGAAAUUUUUAGCUACUCAGAAUCAUCCAUGCACCUGUGGAAGCAUGUCAAAGAGAUGUAUGGAAACCAAAACAACUCUGCUCGUGUUUUUCAACUCAAGAAAGAUAUUGCUAGUCUCCAACAAGAGGAGAAGUCUUUUGUUCAAUAUCUUGGAAGCCUAACAAGUAUGUGGAAUGAGUUAGAUGUAUAUCGACCUCACACCACAGAUGCUAAUGUCCUAUUGAAGAGGGCUGAAGAAGACAAGAUUUUUCAGCUUCUCGCUAAUCUAGGCUCAGAAUAUGAAGACUUGAGAAGCCACAUCCUUAUGAACUCUGAGCUGCCUUCCUUCAAAAGUGUGUGUGGCACCGUUCAAAGAGAAGAACUUCGAAGGAAAGUGAUGAACUUGGACGUCAAGACCAAUAUUGCAGAUUCAAGGGCAUAUGCUUCAAAUCAUAAGCAAGCUGAUGAUAGAGUCUACAAGGGUAAGCGUCCAGACUUGAAAUGCAACCACUGCAGUGGCAUUGGUCACACAAAGGAUAGGUGCUGGAUACUUCAUCCAGAAUUGAAGCCAAAGUUUUCGAAGGAAAACAAAAGCAUCUUAAAAAACUGGAGUACCAAUACUCACAAGGCCAACCUCUCUUCCUCUUCCACCUCAGAUGGGAUGUUAGAUUUCACUUCAAAUCCAACUUCACUCAUAAAUGAGUUUGCUGUUUACCUUCAACAAAAGCAGAAGAAGACAGAGGAUACAAGUGCAACUGGAGCUGAAAAUCACACUGCCUUACUGGGCAAAUUUGCAGGCUUUCUUGCUGAAACUGACAAUGUGAAUCAAAGUGAUAUUCCAGGACAUCAUUACUCAGAGGACGAUUGGUGAAGGUUUUUUUUUCGAAUGGACUUUAUUACUUAUCUAAGAAGUCCAAGGUCUUUCAAGCUAGUUCGAGUAUUGCUCAAGAUCACCAUCUUUGGCAUCAACGCUUAGCUCACCCUUCAGAGAAAGUGUUAUCUAUUUUGUUUCCAAGUUUGAACUAUGACAGCUAUCAUUGUGAAGUGUGUCAACUAUCCAAAUUUGCUAGAUUACCUUUUAAUUCCUCUAUGUCAAGAGCUAAUAAUCCAUUCGAAAUCAUACACUCAGAUAUUUGGGGUCCUAUUCUAGAAUCCUUUGAUGGGUAUCGAUAUUUUGUAAUAUUUGUGGAUGAUUUUACAAGGAUUACUUGGUUGUAUCUUUUGAAAUACAAGAGUGAAGUUGUUAAUGUGUUCAAAAAUUUCCACAGUCUUGUUAACACUCAAUUUUCAUCAAAAAUCCAAGUUUUAAGAUCUGAUAAUGGCUCCGAAUAUAUGUCUCAUAAUAUGUCUCAAUUCUUAAGCUCAAAUGGCAUUGUGCAUCAAACAAGUUGUGUUGGCACACCACAACAAAAUGGGAUUGCAGAAAGAAAAAAUAGAGAUUUACUUGAGAAAACUAGAUCCAUAAUGUUUCAUGCAAAUGUACCAAAGAAGUUCUGGUCACAAGGAGUGCUCACUGCAACUUAUCUCAUCAACAGAUUGCCAAGUCGAGUAUUGAAUUCCAAGUCGCCAUAUGAAGUUCUAAAAGGCAGAAAAAUUGACUUAUCUCACUUAAGAGUGUUUGGUUGUGUUUGCUAUGUUCACAUUCAAAAUAUUCAUCGAGACAAGCUUGAUCCUAGAGCGGCAAGAUGCAUCUUUCUGGGGUAUUCAACUACACAAAAGGGGUAUAAAUGCUAUAGUCCAGUAAGUAGAAGAUUCAUUGUAUCAAGGGAUGUGAAGUUUGAUGAGUCUACUCUUUAUUUCACAAGGAAACUCGAUAUUAAUUGUCAGGGGGAGUCAUUCCAUGAUUUAUUUCCUCUUCCUAACCCAGCUAUUGAUAUUGAAAGGUGCCCUAUUGUGCCUGUUCCUACUCCUAAUCAUGAGCCCCAUGAUCAUGAGUUAGAAAAUCCUCAUGAACAAGAAGAACCACAUGUUCUGAAUGAGCAGCAUGAGCCUAUCCCUCAAGUGCCUCCUCGAAGGAAUCUAACUCGAGAAAGAAAUCCUCCUGCAAGGUUUCGUGACUAUGUUGCCCACACA